UGUUCAAAUUAUGGUAGCAUGUUAAGCUUGAGAUAGGUCCAGGGGAUUAUAUCUAUCCAAUAUAUGAUCAUCCUUUGAUUUGUCGUGUGGGUAGAGUUGAAUCUUAGUGCAAAGCACUUGGGCACUAGUUACUUUCUGGUAUACUGUGAUAGUCAUAUUACCUGGUUAUGCUGUUUAAUUUUUAGAUACGGUCACAUGAUCGACAAUGUUGUGCUAAUUGUUACGGGAACUUUGCAUGAGAGAGAUGUUCAGGAAUUGUUGGAGAAAUGCCAUCCUCUGGGAAUGUUUGACAGCAUCGCUACUCUCGCAGUCGCCCAAAAUAUGAGGGAGCUUUACAGACUGGUGCUUGUUGAUACACCUCUGGCUCCCUACUUUUCUGAAUGCAUCACUUCAGAGGACUUGGAUGACAUGAAUAUUGAAAUUAUGAGGAAUACUCUCUACAAAGCAUACCUUGAGGAUUUCUACAGAUUUUGUCAGAAAAUUGGUGGUGCCACUGCAGAGAUUAUGUGUGACAUCCUAGCUUUUGAGGCUGACAGAAGGGCAGUUAAUAUCACUAUAAACAGCAUUGGCACUGAGCUUACUCGAGAUGAGCGUCGCAAAUUGUACUCUAAUUUCGGAUUACUAUAUCCUUACGGUCAUGAGGAGCUUGCUGUUUGCGAGGAUAUAGAUCAGGUAUUUAAUGGGUUUAGUCAU